AUCACAACUAAUAUAAUUGAAUAACUGCAACUUCGUUUUUCACGUUCAAAAUGGCCUGUAUUAUUGAUUCAACACCGAAUACGGUAAAAAAGGCUCGACACCUUAUUCCUUCGUUGACUAGAAAACUGCCAUAUGAAAUACCUGAAAAAUAUCAAAACUCUUUCUACUUGGCGAAUGCUUCGGUCUUCGACAACAUCAAUUGGUUCCUCCACAGAUCUUAUGAAAUUUUAUUUCCGACUCUCAGAGCUACUCUGCAAAACUCUCCGGACGCGAAAUUAACGGUAGACGAGUCCAUUGAUAAACUGAACGGUAUAAUAAAAAUAUUAGAUCAGUGCAACACUUUAAUAGACUUAAGGUUUCCUGUGAAAAGAGAUAACGGAUCCUACGAGGUAGUCCGGGGAUAUAAAGGACAAUAUGGUAUGUCCACGGGUCAACUUCCCUGCUUUGGAGGAUUACGUUACGACGAUGAGGUUACUAGGGAUGAUAUUAAGGGUAUGUCUGCCUUAGCGAUGUACAAAAAUUGUUGCGUUGGAAUAAACUGCCCUGGAGCACACGGAACUAUUAAAAUUGAUCCCAACGAAUACUCCGAAAACGAACUGCAAAGUAUUGUUAAGCAAUAUGCAGCUGAGCUUUAUCAAAAGGGCAUGUGUGACGAAAGAAGUAAUGUUUUCCAACCCGAUAUGAAAACGACAGAAAAAGAAAUGAACUGGAUUUCAAAUACUUAUUCUGAGUUAACAGGUUGUUUCCCAAAUUGUGUUUCGACAGGAAAAAGCGUAAACUGUGAUGGUUUAGACGGUUUUAAGAAUUCUUCAGGUUUAGGGGCGUAUUAUGCAAUGGAUUUCUUUUUACGUCAGGAUAAAUUAUUGAAUAAAAUUGGAUUAUCCAAAGGAGUUAAAGACAAAACAUUUAUUAUACAAGGCCUGGGUAAAACUGGAACCACACUGGCUAAAACUCUAAUAGAUAAUGGAGCAAAGUGUAUUGGCGUUAAAGAAAUCGAUUCAUAUUUGUACGAUCCCAAAGGAAUAGAUAUCCAGGAUCUGUUGGAACAUAUUAAGAAGCAUGGUACCAUGAAACAUUACCAUAUGGCAAAGUCUGAAGUGAACGACGACAUUUAUAAGUUUAACUGUGAUAUUUUAAUAUUCGCAGCUCGGCACAAAAGUUUGAUUUGCUACGUGGCAGAUAAGGUGAAAGCAAAGUUAGUUGUUGAGGCUGCCGAUGGAGCAAUGACUCCCGCUUCCAAUAAAAUACUAUCGCUUAAGAAACUUGUUAUCCCCGAUAUUUAUGCUGGUUCUGGUUGUAAUAUAGCUUCAUUCAUCGAGUAUCUAAGAACCUUGCAAAUUCUAAAUGUACCUCUUACAGAUACGUUAAGAUACGCUGAUAAAGUUUAUGAAGAAGUUUUAAGUAUGAUAAAUAAGAAUUUCGAGGAAAUGAUUAUGAGUUCUUCGACAUCGAAGAUUGACGUUGUUUCUACAAAACAAGAUCCUGCAUUUUUACCCAAAUCAAUUAGGUUGGUCGUAGACGAUGUUGGACAGAAUAUUAUGAAUACAUUAGAAGAAUUUCAACUUGGAUUGGACGUUAGGUCAGCUUGUUACAUAGUCUCACUUCAAAAAAUCUAUAAGAAAAUGUUUGACAAUAAGAAGUUUUUAUAAACUGGACGUGGAAAUUAAAAAUUUCAAUAUUGAAAAAUUUAUAGUCAAAUUUGGAAAUUAUUAUGUCCUAUAAGUAUUAUAAUGAAAUACGAAUUUGCCUUAUAACAAAAUUUAUUAAAAAUACAGUGUUAUA